ACACACUGGUUUCAAAUGUGUAUCGCCGAACAGCACUUCAUCCGACAAUUCUACUCUAAAACCCCACUUUACCGGACACAGGAAUGCAAACCUGGUGCCUCGUAUCAAUCAGUGUCCUCCUCGGCGUCGCUGUGAGAUGGGGUGUCUCGUUAAAUUCUUAUUCAGGGGCGGGGAAACCCCCCAUGUUUGGGGAUUAUGAAGCCCAACGACACUGGCAAGAGGUGACCUACAACCUCCCUGUGCAGGAAUGGUACUUCAACACCACUGACAAUGACUUAAACUACUGGGGUCUUGACUACCCACCACUUACUGCCUAUCACAGUUGGAUUUGUGCUUACAUAGCCAAAAUAAUAAACCCUGAAUGGGUGGAACUCCAUAAAUCCAGAGGGUAUGAGAGUCCAGCGCACAAGUUGUUCAUGAGAACUACAGUCUUGGUGGCAGAUUUGUUGAUAUACAUUCCUGCAGUGAUUUUAUACUGUUUUUGCCUGACCGAAGGAUCUUCUGGGAAAAAGGUUUCCACUCUGUUGUGCUUUUUACUUUAUCCAGGAUUGAUCCUCAUUGACUAUGGCCACUUCCAGUACAACGCUGCAAGCCUGGGUUUUGCCCUGUGGGGUGUUGUGGCUCUGGGUCUGGGCUGGGACGUUUCAGGCUCCAUGGCCUUCGCUCUGGCUCUCAACUACAAACAGAUGGAGCUGUAUCACGCCCUUCCCUUCUUCUGCUACCUGCUUGGAAAGUGCCUCAAAAUGGGCUUGCUGGGACGAGGACUUUUCCUGUUGGUGAAAAUCUCUGCUACAGUGUUGGUGACUUUUGGCCUCUGCUGGUUGCCCUUCCUGUCUGACCCGAGUCAGGGAUUGCAGGUGGUCAGGAGGAUCUUUCCCGUGGCUCGUGGUCUCUUUGAGGAUAAGGUGGCCAAUGCGUGGUGCAGCCUCAACAUCCUGAUAAAGAUCAGAUCCAUUCUGCCCUCUGACGCUCAGCUCUAUCUCAGUUUUGCCUGCACUCUCCUGGCAGUGCUGCCAUCCUCAGUCAAACUGCUGAUGAAACCAACUUUCUGGCACUUUAAAUUGGCUUUGGUCAAUUCUUCUCUGGCAUUUUUCCUGUUCUCCUAUCAAGUCCAUGAGAAGUCCAUCCUGUUGGCUGCAUUACCUGUCUGCUUCCAGCUUGAUGAAAUACCCUUGGUGUCCAUUUGGUUCCUGCAGACCACCACGUUCAGCAUGCUGCCUCUGUUCCUGAAGGAUGGGCUACUCGUACCCUAUGCUGUGACCUCCUUGGCCUUCCUGUACUUCAGCAUCUAUCUGCUGUCUGCGCUGGAUCACUGCUCGGAGGACGAGCUUAGACUGGGAGCCUACCGCAAGCUGCUUUUCUUUCUACCUAAAAUGGACCUGGUUUGGAUAACCAAAUGGAAGUUUUACAUCAGCAUCGCAGCAAUGGUGGGACUGAGCAUUGCAAGUGUUGCAGUGCUUCCUCCACCGCAUCUGCCUGACUUGUUUCCUGUGCUGGUGUCCACAACGUCGUUCCUGCACUUUUUGGGAACAUUUGUUUUUUUCAACAUUGUUUUGUUCAGUGGUCCACCUGACAGAAAAAGCCAGAAAAAGACUAACUAAGUCAUGUCAAAAAUGAAAAAUUACACACGCUUUGGUAGAAAGUGCCAGUGUGUCCGAAGCACAGAAUGGUGCAUGGGCCUUUUCAAGACACAAAGCAAGAAAGACAGUGACGACAGCAAAUUAUCGGCUCAGAGAAGAUUUAACAUAAAAUGGAAACAGAUAAUAGUGGUGUGUUGAGCGCUAGGACCAACUAAUUUGGAACUCCCAGGUUAAAUUUUAUUUGUUAUCGAAGCUCAUAAUUUAUAUGUUUAGAUUGUUUAAACACCACAUGUAUCAAAUAUACCUGUUUUUCUCAAAAUACUGACAUUUCUCAAAUUCUUAAUCUGUCUAUUUUCACACAUUCCCACAUCUCAUGAUAAAUUUUUAUCAAUUUUUAUCUAAUCAACCUCAGAAUAUCCAGGCGGACAAAGUCUUGCCCCCCAAUGAUCUCUGAAGCUGUCCAAACGGGAUCCCAGAAUUCAGGUGGGGAACCACUGUUUUCAGGGAUGGUUUCAUACAAACACAUUACCGAUAGUUGUAUCUUGCUCUGUUGAGAGCUGGAUCCACUGCUAUGCUACCCAAUAUCUGCCUAACAAAUCCAUUUGGGAUGGUCUGGUUCAACCUCUACAAUCUGACGGAGCACUGUUUUAUCUGUAUAAAGGUGCUCGGUACAAUAUGAGGGACACGUGUUGUAUGGACCACAGAGGUGCUGAUUUAAGGCUUUAUUUUGUGUCACAGUUUUUCUUUAUUAUAAUAUAGAUCUUCCCUGUUUAUUUUUCCACCCUCAUUGGACCAGAAACUUCAUGGACAGGACUCGGGUGUAAUGAGCAUCAUCAGUUCAUGUGAACUUUUUUUUAUUUUAUUUUACAGUUUUCUACUGUACAUUUUUACUCAUCGUUAAAGUUCUUUUGUACAAACUUAGUUUUUGUGAAAAUAAAUCAAAUUUCUCAAUGACCUAAUGUGACCAUCGGUUUUAUUGCCACAUUGUUAAAUGAUCUGAUUCAAAGCAGCUUCACAUAAACUGUCUGCAUUAACUAAGUAGUCUGCUAAAUCACCCCUAAAGGUCUGGCAGAGACAGAGCCAAUAAUUGGACAGAAAUUAUAUCUUUCCAAGCUUUUACUCAACAUCAUUAAAUAUUCAUUACAAGUCUUUGAUACUACAAGGGUCCUGCACUCAGGAUCUGCACGUUUAAAACAAAGCCAGUGACGGGAGAGGCUUUAAAAAGAGCGAUGAUGGAAGGUGACAUAUCUGAACAUAAUGCUAUAAACUUGAAAUACCACAGAAAAAGGUACAAGCAAUUUCUUUCUCCAAUCUUUCUGCCAGUUAAUGACGGGCAUAAAAAAAAAUCCAUUACAACUAUAAAUGUUAUCAGGUCAUUGAGGGUUGCCUGUGCAUCUGAGGCUCUGAGCCGCCGGCCAACAAUGGACUGCAGCGACAAAUAGGAGCCCAGAGUCUGAGUUAACUGUUCCCACAAUGGGAUCUGAACACAGGGGGGUAAUUAAAGGUAGUGUGGAGAGGUUCAGCUUGUCCCGAUACAGUUAUUUCAGGGCUGUUGGUACGAUACUCCAGAUUUUUUUCUAAAAUUCUCAGUUUUACCUCUCCUCAAAAUUAUAACCAUGCAGCCGAUAAUAUUGACAAAAGAAUUACUGAACUGAAUACAUAAGCAUCAAGUCCUGCAAUUACACACCCUUAAUAAUGAUAAUUAUUACUUUUAUAUGACUACUAGUUCAAAUUCUAUCAUUAAUAUAAGUGUUCAUGUAGGCAGUACGUGAGUCUUUCAAGUCAUGCGUUUUGUCAUUCAUUCCUUUAUUCCAGGUCUUAAUACCGCAGUUUCUUUUAAAGCUGUAAAAAUCUAAUCUCGACAACCUCAGGGCACGUAAAGGUUUGAACAUCCAGAUAAUCUAGUGCCAACCCAAAGGGAUCCCGGACCCCAGGUUGGGAGCCACUGCUCUAUAUCAUGUUGCUGUCGCUCGGACUUUACUUGAAAACAGGUAAAAUGCGAUAAGUGAAUAUUGCAUGCUUUAAAGAAAAAAUGUUAUGCUGUUGGGGAACAAAUCUCCUUCAGGCUUGCCAGCAUAUUAUUUUUCUUGUCAGGAGAGGAGGUCACAUUUUCCUCUCGUUGUAAAGACCAGAGGAGGCUGUGGGUGAUGUUUCUGCGGUGCUGAGGGGGGCGUUCAAAGCAGCACGGAUCCUUCUAUCAAACUCCAAAGGGGACCUGAAUCAAAACAUUAGUUUUGUUUAUGAGCAUGCUGGCUUUGUCCUUCACGUGGCCUCUAAGGGUGAUAAAGUGAGAGUUACACGAUCCACCUUAGGCAGAAAUAGGAAAUGUUACUGUGAACACCAGCUGUUGCUUAGGUCGACUCGGGCAGUGAGAGGCCUCGGCCUUCCCAGGCGCUGCCAAAUAAAGAGACUACUGUUAUGUGUACGACAGUUUCUCCCCCCCUCCUUCCCUCUUACAUUUACUUUUCAAAGGUGCUAAACUAUGCAGGUGGGAAGAAUUGCAUAGUUUUUGGCCAUAAAGGGGGAUGAGGUUUGCCAUGUAAAAGAACACUAUUUGCACAGCGUCGCAACAUUGCGGUUAAUGUAAAAUCAACAUUUGUCAGCUGCCAGACAGAAGCUGUGGAGGAGGGAUGGGGCGGGGGUCUCACGCUCCCACCGUUUCAGACACUUCUCCCACAAAUGAGUGACGGCUUUUGAGACGUCUUAGCUUCACAUCUGACAGCCCAGAUUCCACAUUCAUCUCCCGCCUUAUCUCGGUGGGAUCAUACGCACAAGAGGUGAAGAGCAAUUCCAUUACCUGUCAACAGCCAAGAUGCCUCGCUAACAAAAACCUGGGGAAUAUGGGAGAGGAAAACAUGAUUGUAACCCCUCUGGCACUGGGUGAUAUUACACACACUGCAGUCACUGUCAAGACUGAAUGCAGAGCUGGAGUAACAGGAAAUGCUUUUGUUGUUGUUGUUGUUUGUGUGUUUGUUGUUGCAUGAACCAGUGCUGUUGA